AUGUAUAUGGUGAAUGUAAGAUUUGUAGAGCAUCGUUUAUCUCUUGUUCCAAAGAUGAUUAUGUUUUCAUGUCAUAUAUGUCAAAUGCUUGAUGAUCGGUUCCCUUAUGCAUGCGACACAUGUGGUUUGAGUUUCCAUAAAGAUUGCGCUGAAUCUUUACCAGAACUCAACUACUCAUGCCAUCCUAAACACUCUCUCAAGCGUCUCACGCGUGUUCCAAGUUACACCAAUGGAAAAUGUUGCUUCGUUGAUGUCAGAUGUGCAAGGAAUCCACCUCCUUUAAUUCUUGACCACCCCAAAGCGCAUGAACAUCAACUCACUCUUUUGCCGCGACGAACUUUUGUUUGUGAUGCUUGUGGAAUGGAUGAUGAUCCAAAUCCCUAUAUAUGUCUUCAAUGCAAUUUCAUGGUCCAUAGAAAUUGUAUAGACAUACCACACAUUAUAAAAGUUAGUCGCCAUGUUCAUCGUAUAUCCUACAAUGAUUGCCUCAAGGCCGGUGAUUGGAAAUGUGAAGUUUGUCUGAAAGAGAUAAUUUGGACAUGUGGAGUUUAUUCUUGUUCAAAAUGUCCUGAUUUUGCAAUUCAUAUGAGAUGUGUCACAAGGUUUGGAAUCUGGGAUGGGAUUGAACUUGAAAGCAUAUUAGAAGAUGCCACUGACACUAAAGCAUAUCAAGUGAUUGAAGAAGGAGUAAUAACACAUUUCAUUCAUAAGAAUCAUACAUUAAAGCUCAAAGAAGGGGAAGAUUCUAAUCGUGAAUGUAGACGUUGUACAGCAUGCACAUAUCCCAUAUUUUCUAGCCUAUUCUAUGAUUGCACAGUAUUAUGUAACCAAUUCAUCAUUCAUCAGAAGUGUGCUUAUCUCCCAAAAAAGAAAAUAGAUCCCUUCUACAAGAUGUCAAUGACUCUAGCCUCAAAUACUUACGAUUUAAGUUUAUGUGAUGCUUGUCAGAAUUAUUUUGAAGGUUUUGUGUACACAAGUGAUAAUGAUAUUAUCCGCCUUGAUGUGCGAUGUGGUUCUAUAUCUGAGCCUUUUGUCCAUGAAGGUCAUCCUGAUCAUUCGUUAUACGUCAGUUACUCAACAAAAGAUAAGUUUUGCAACGCUUGUGGAGAUAAGGCACAUAUGGUUUUGAGUUGUGGGGAAUGCUGUGGAUUUGUUUUAGACGUCAAAUGUUCUAUUUUGCCAAAGAUGGUUAAACACAAAAAUGAUAUAGAUCAUUUUCUGACUCUAUGUUAUGGAGAAAAAAUGAGGGAGCAGUACUGGUGCGAGGUAUGCGAAGAAGAUCUAAACCCAGAAAAAUGGUUUUAUUCAUGUGAUCAUUGUGGCCUCACUCUUCAUAUCAAAUGUACGUUUGGAGAUUUGCGCGCGGGUCAUGAUCUAGUAUGGAUUAAUCCGGGAGGCGAGGUUGAGUCCAUAUAUAUGGUUAUUCCCAACAAUUAUACAAGUCGGCCCGUUUGUAACGGGUGUGAUUCUCGUUGUCAAUACCCAUUUAUCCUCAAGUUUAAGAAAUACUAUAUUUUGAGCAGUGUUUUAAAAGUGUAG